ACUUUGCAAAGUGUAACACAAACAGUUCUCUUUAGAGAAAAAAAGAUUCUCUCUAUAAAACCUUCUCUUUGUGUCUCUCUUUGUGGUAAGAAAACAGAGCAACUAGAUCUCUCUUCUCCUCUGCUCGUUCAAUGUUAUAACGAUCUCGAGUAUCACAAAAGAACAAGAUGUCUAUUCGAAGAAUCUACCGAUGUCUGAAUUCUUUAAUCAAAAGAUCUUGUGCUCAAUCUCUAUGAUCAUACGCCCCAUUUCACACUUUGUUUCACCUCUCAGUUUUUUUUUUUGUGUUUUUUUGUCCCUCUUUGUUUCACUUGAGAACAACCCCCUUUGAACUCGAUCAAGAAAGCUAAGUUUGAAGAAUCAAGAAUGGUGCGGACACCGUGUUGCAAAGCUGAACUAGGGUUAAAGAAAGGAGCUUGGACUCCCGAGGAAGAUCAGAAGCUUCUCUCUUACCUUAACCGCCACGGUGAAGGUGGAUGGCGAACUCUCCCCGAAAAAGCUGGACUCAAGAGAUGCGGCAAAAGCUGCAGACUGAGAUGGGCCAAUUAUCUUAGACCUGACAUCAAAAGAGGAGAGUUCACUGAAGACGAAGAACGUUCAAUCAUCUCUCUUCACGCCCUUCACGGCAACAAAUGGUCUGCUAUAGCUCGUGGACUACCAGGAAGAACCGAUAACGAGAUCAAGAACUACUGGAACACUCAUAUCAAAAAACGUUUGAUCAAGAAAGGUAUUGAUCCAGUUACACACAAGGGCAUAACCUCCGGUACCGACAAAUCAGAAAACCUCCCGGAGAAACAAAAUGUUAAUCUGACAACUAGUGACCAUGAUCUUGAUAAUGACAAGGCGAAGAAGAACAACAAGAAUUUUGGAUUAUCAUCGGCUAGUUUCUUGAACAAAGUAGCUAAUAGGUUCGGAAAGAGAAUCAAUCAGAGUGUUCUGUCUGAGAUUAUCGGAAGUGGAGGCCCACUUGCUUCUACUAGUCACACUACUAAUACUACAACUACAAGUGUUUCCGUUGACUCUGAAUCAGUUAAGUCAACGAGUUCUUCCUUCGCACCAACCUCGAAUCUUCUCUGCCAUGGGACCGUUGCAACAACACCAGUUUCAUCGAACUUUGACGUUGAUGGUAACGUUAAUCUGACGUGUUCUUCGUCCACGUUCUCUGAUUCCUCCGUUAACAAUCCUCUAAUGUACUGCGAUAAUUUCGUUGGUAAUAACAACGUUGAUGAUGAGGAUACUAUCGGGUUCUCCACAUUUCUGAAUGAUGAAGAUUUCAUGAUGUUGGAGGAGUCUUGUGUUGAAAACACUGCGUUCAUGAAAGAACUUACGAGGUUUCUUCACGAGGAUGAAAACGACGUCGUUGAUGUGACGCCGGUCUAUGAACGUCAAGACUUGUUUGACGAAAUUGAUAACUAUUUUGGAUGAGUGAAACUCAUAAUCGAUGAAUCCCACGUGACCAUGUCAAUAUGAUGUCUAUGGAUAUGUUACCUUGAUGAUGUUGAUGGUAAUAAUAAUAAAUAAUGAUGGUGAUGAUGACCAUGCAUGAAUCAUGAAUGUAGUUCGUGUUGUCACAUAUGCUUGUGUUUUUGUGUUUUUUUUUUUUGGUCUGAAGUGUGUUGUUUCGUUGUAAAUGGAUUAUAAAUGGUGAUGUAAUAAUUAUAAUGUUAACGAGUUGUUAACUUUAGUACUUUUAUUGUGUUGGUUAUCAGAAUUUGUAUCCAUCCGAAUAUGAGAUUGCUUUAUUUUGAAAAAUCAUUCAUUAGCUGCUGCUGCUGCUAACUACUA